CUUAAGGGCUGUUCAGUGUUUAGCGCGGAGUUCAAAGAGACACGCGCGCAGUCUUAGGUGUAUACGCACAGCGGGGAUGCUUGAAAUACAAGACACUAUAUUUAAUUAUUACCAAAAGAUGACUGCGUUAAAGACGAGAUAAUUAAUUAUGCUCUAAUUUGACCUGUACGGUCGGAACAGCAGGUAACUUGUUAUUGAUAGUUGUAUAGUGAGUCAGAGUAGAAUGUGGCACGCGGAUGAGAUUGCCCGUCUAUGCUACGACCGCUUCAGUGAACUGCCUAAAAGAGGCAAACCUGAGCCGAAUAGGGAAUGGACGCUUCUGGCCGCAGUAGUCAGAGUGUCCGCGCUGCAGACUGAUGACCCCGACCGAAAGACAACUGUAAAAGAGGUGGUAUCGUUAGCGACCGGCACUAAAUGCAUCGGCCAGUCAUCCAUGAGUCCCCGGGGUGAUAUACUCAAUGACAGCCAUGCUGAAGUCGUUGCCAGGAGGGGCUUUGUCAGAUAUCUAACAGAGCAGCUGCGGAGAGCAGUGUCUGGGGAGAAAAGUGAGAUUUUUGUACCUGCCGAUGAGAAGGGGAAAUGGAGGAUUCACGGCAAAGAGUCCUUUGUGUUUUUCUGCAGUCAUACACCAUGUGGAGAUGCCUCCAUCAUUCCCAUGGUGGACAAUGAGCCAGCCCAGCCCUGCAAGCCAGUAAUGGUAGAGCGACCCAGAGUUGGCGUCCAAGAUGUGUUAGGGGACCCAGAGUUGGGAGCUAAUGGUAAACGCCGUAUUGAGGAGGAGGAAUAUGAAGCAGUGAAGCGUCCCAGACUAGAGAAGCAGGACUAUGAGAAAGGAGUUUGUGGAGAGACGUCAUGCAGGGGACAUGGACAGGCCCAAGACAGUCCCAGUGUAAAGGCCCCACCCUCUGACUGCCCUCUGGAUCAGGCCCCACCCCUUGACUGCCCUCUGGAUCAGGCCCCACCCCUUGACUGCCCUCUGGAUCAGGCCCCACCCCUUGACUGCCCUCUGGAUCAGGCCCCACCCCCUGACUGCCCUCUGGAUCAGGCCCCACCCCCUGACUGCCCUCUGGAUCAGGCCCCACCCCCUGACUGCCCUCAGGAUCAGGCCCCACCCCCUGACUGCCCUCAGGAUCAGGCCCCACCCCCUGACUGCCCUCAGGAUCAGGCCCCACCCCCUGACUGCCCUCAGGAUCAGGCCCCACCCCCUGACUACCCUCAGGGUCAGGCUCUGCCCCUUGACUGCCCUCAGGAUCCGGCUCUGCCCCUUGACUGCUCCCAAGACGAGGCCCUGCACCCUGACUGCCCUCAGGCUCCACCCGAGGGCCACCUUCAGGAUCAGGUUUUGCCCAUGAACCUACCCCAGGACCUGCACCGGACCGGGGCGAAGUGUGUGCCAGGUGCUCCCAGAGACCCCCAGGGCCCAGGCAUGGGCUACCACAGUGUGGGGGUGCUGCGAGUGAAGCCAGGUCGAGGGGAGCCCACCCUGUCCCUCUCCUGCAGUGACAAGCUGGCUCGCUGGGGAGUGCUGGGCUGCCAGGGGGCACUGCUCUCCCACUACCUGCAGGGGGCGAUCUACUUCAGCGCUGUGGUAAUAGGGAAGUGUCCAUACAGUCUGCAAGCCAUGAAGAGAGCUCUAACCGAAAGGUGUUCGCAUGUGACAGGCCUGCCUGACGGCUUCGAGGUCUGGCGUCCGCAGCUGCUGCAGUCUGGCCUGGAGUUUGCUCACAGCCACGCACAAACUAAUCAGGCCAAUAGGGAGGCGCUGGCCAGCCGGACAGGCCUGGGCAGGGUAUCUCCUUGUGGGGCUGCGAUCAGCUGGUGCGCAGUUCCUGACCGACCACUAGAUGUCACCUCGAAUGGCUACAAGCAAGGUGCGACCAAGAAGGCGUUGAGCACAUCGCAGGCCAGGUCUCUCAUCUGUAAGGCUGAAUUCUUCCGGUCUUUCUUGGCACUCCGGGCUGCUACUGCAGACAUCCAGCUCCCAGAAUCUCUCAGGGCAAGGGAGCUUCUGACCUAUGGCGACUACAAGCAGGCUGCGCAGACCUACCAGCAGGCCUGGCUGCAGCUGCGCACGCAGGCGUUCCCGCUGUGGCCGCGCAGUCCCCGACACCUGUUGCAGUUCAAGUGAAAGGUGCAGGGACAGUGUGCAUGUGAUCCCGCGUUACGGAGGGUGUGUGUGAGUCACGGGAGCCCCCUGAGGAAGCCGUGGCUGUGGGCCAUACAUGCAAGUCAGAGUCUUACGUGCAGCUUUUGUUUAUAAGAAACAGACAGGCUAUUUUUCUAUUUAUUUUAUUGGUUAGUUCUUCCAACUACCUUACCUUUCAGUUAUAACUUAAUCUUAAAUAUAUUCAAAUAACUCCAAAAAAAAAAAAAGAACAAAGGUUAAUAAUGCAAUUUAAAAAAUACUUAUACUUCUGGUAUUUCUACAAAAUGGCUAACUGGAAAAGCGAGAACGGCGUCCUGUGUUUUGUUCAUCUCAGCUAAAGAUAAAUUAUCAAAUUUUAAUGUAUACACCAUUAACACAGCAGAGAAAAGCCGAGAUACAAAUGCAUU